CUGUAUAAUAAAAAAAAUUUUUGCCCGAAGAUCGAGCAUUAACAACGCUCUACACGAAUACACUUACACACAUACACAUGCACACACAUACACAAUCAAUUGGAUUGGAUAGUACGAAAUUUAGACAGCGAAAGGAAGAAUUCGAACUCUUGACCUCUGGACGACAAUGGUUGAAUACACACGUCAACCAUGUCCAAUACGAAUUGUAGAGGAUUGCGGCUGCGCCUUUCUGAUGGGCUGCAUCGGUGGUUCCAUGUUUCAGUAUAUGAGGGGUUUCAGGAAUUCACCAACGGGCUUUAUCCGCAGCCUUUACGGCGGUCUGGACUCCGUUAAGAUGAAAACACCGGCUAUAGCGGGCAGCUUUGCCGUUUGGGGCGCCACAUUCAGUACAGUGGACUGCACCAUGGUCUACUACCGGCAGCGCGAGGACUCUUGGAAUUCGAUUGUCAGUGGCGCUGCCACGGGCGGCAUUCUGGCCGCCCGCAAUGGCAUCAAGGCCAUGGGUAAUGGCGCCUUGGUCGGGGGCUUAGUGCUGGCCAUGAUAGAGGGAGCUGGCGCCGCAGUGGCCACCAUCUAUGCAGCCCAGCCAUCUAGCACGGGCACAGAGAACGCCUAUCCCCAAAGUCCGCAGUGGGAGCCAGUCUCGAACGGCAGCAGCAAUAGCAACGAUGCCUUAGCAGAAAUUGAACGUGUACUGGACAAGUGCAACACAUAUAAGAAUCCUAACAGAAGCUCACGGUGCAGACAGAAACCAAAGUAUAUGGACACUGAGGCGCCAGCCAAGCCGCUCUCCCUUCUCGAGCUGGUGAGACAAGCGAACAUUUUUAUUAGAACUUAGCUUUAUUUUUUGUGGAAUACCACGUUUCGGCCAUCUUACUCAUAUGCCAAAUUAAUUCUAUGUGUAAUAGACGUUGACAAAAUAAAAAUGAGUUUUGAUUGUAA